GGAUGAAAUGCUGUGUCGAAUGCUCUUCAAAAUCUCUUAGAAAUCUCUGUUCCAUUAAAUGUGGCGCCCGUUUGAUAAAAGCGAAAUUACUUUUGGAGACCUAAUACAAUGACAGGAGAAAUCAGAACAAAUAUGAGCUACCAAAGAAAAACAAUCGCCAAAAUCUGAUUGAGAAAAUAUUGUUUUACGAAGAAGUAUCGUGACGUUUGGGAUCCCUUUUCCUAAGUCGGCAAGAGCUCUGGUGCAAAUGGUAUUACAAACGAAACCUGCUGCGAUGCUGCCGUUUUCUACUGUGGCAGAUUUGGAGGAAUUUAUGAUGAACGCGAGUAACCGUAUGACAUCCCUUAUGAGGGAGGAGUGCACUCUCAUUUUUCAAUGCAGGUGCUGCGCAAACAUGUUCCGUCGUCUGCCUAACUUUAUCUUGCACAAACGAAAGUAUUGCAAGAAUAAGUCCAUGAAUGUAUGCAAUUCAAAAAUUCGUAUUCUUGCUAGAUCCACCUCGCAAGAGAGUGGCACGCACACUGCAUCCAGACGGACCCAAUCAGUUUGUUCGCGUUCAUCCUCAGUUCCUCAAACGCGGCAUCAAUCAAAGCCUUCUUUUCCAAUUCGCAGAACUAAUAUCGUACGCUACAUAAUCAACAAAGCAUCGCUGGUCGAAUCAAAGUUGACUGGGAAUAUGGGCACAACUGAUCUAAUUUCGUUGCCAAAAUUUCGUAGGCAAGUAGUCGUUGCACCCACAAGUGAUGGAAACACAAAGUGUUAUGUCGAAGCUCCUCAUGUUUGCACAAAAUACGAUAAUUCUGACGAAGUGCUUCUAGUGGUUCCGCAGGAUCUCUCGCUACAGUAUUCCAACAUGAGUCUCAGGAGGCGGACUGCCCAACCCGUUGCAAGAAAAGUCACCAUCAGUGAGGCUGAGUGCGUGAGUCGCAUGAAAGAUUUCGUCGAAAUUGAUCCAAUUGAAUGUCGUUGUUUGCAUCCAAGGUGCAGUGAAAUUCGCGCUUUUGGCGACAUCUUUGCACUAGCUUACCAUGUUUCGGUGAAACAUUGCCACAAGAUAACCCCAGCCAACGUCUUACCUUGCAUGAUAUGCUCCAAAAGUUUUAUAAGCUGGGAAACAUACUACAACCAUAUCUCCAAAAAACAUGAGAAAGUCCUCCAGGCGCACAGAUUUUAUCGCGAUAACGAACUCAAGAAGCGUGGAAGAAAAUCUAAGGAUGGCGGAAAGACUGACAGAAGCAUGAGUCCAGUAGUAAGUGGUAGAGAACGUGAUGAAAACGAAGCUGCACACAAGGAGAACAUGGUGCCAGAAUCUUCCUUUCCAGUUCUUCCUUCACCUGAUCCCACUGGGGCCACGGUCGCACUAAAUCCUCCAAAAGCAUCUGCUACCAAUACUAGCAGAGCUAAGCCUUCCAGUGAUAUUAAAGCAGCUGCAGAAAGGCUUGAAAGUAUCGUAAAAAGACUUGCCAAGUUAAGAACUGAUACUCAUAUAACACUAAAACCCUCAACAGAUGACGAAUCAAGUGCUGCAUCUUCCCAUGUAGAGGAGCAUCUAGGUAGCGUUGCUAAGAGCGACACUGUCAGUGUGCACACCGAUCAAAUUCCGCAAAAAGAGCCACAUGGAAAUGCGGAUGAAAAUCCAGAAGAAGCUGCUUUUCACGAUACGAUCGCAAGUAGUGCUUCACCGCUAUUCGCGCACCUUGAGGCCAUCUCUGACGAUGAACUACCACUUUCCCCGCAACCUGCGGUUAUCUCUGAUGAUCACCCAUCGCGACCUGUAGCUGAAUCUAAAGAUCCACCUUCUCCACAUCCUGCAACUAUUUCGUGUGAACCACCAUCUCCUCAACUAGUGACCAUCUCUGAUGAUGAGAUAGAUGUCGUCGACAGUGAUGUUACCGAAGUUGCUGGAGUAGUUCAAGACGACGCACCACUUUCGCACGGACGGAAGGACAAUGAGGUCAGUGCUUUUGAUGAGUGGGAAGGAGCAUCGACAAGGGCAUGCAAAUCUAGUGCUGAUGACGAUGAUGUUGUAUUUGUUGGUCAGUAUUCUGUGGCUGACAACCUACCAUCGUGCGGCAUUACGGAAUGCGAUGUGGUAGGAUCUGAUAGCAUAAGGCGGUUCCCAUCCACGCAGUCUUCGUACCUUUGCGGCGGUGAAGAUUAUAUAGAAGAUGUGGAUGCCGACGUGGACAACUUGUCGACCACUGUGUUCCCAGGGACAUCGAACAGUUACGGAAGCUCUGAAAGCGAUUACCCACAUCAUGUGGAAUCGCAAGCUGAUAAGUCCCAGGAGACCGAGGAGAUUGCACCGCCUCAUGUUGGCAGUCCGAAGGUAGUGGAGUUGGAAUCUCAGGUACGAGUUGCGCCUGCACCUGCACCAUCGCCCGUACCUGAGCCCGUUUUUGUCCAUGAUUACACAAAGCUGCUAACUCAUGCCGAGAUACGCGAACGUUUGGGCGAUGGUGAUGGAGGACUUACUAGUGCAGAAAAUGGAUGCGUAUCAGAUCAGUCAACCUUUCAGAAUGGAUCCAGUAUGAGCGUUCCGCCUCCAUUUUUCAUACAGAAGGAGGAAACAUCUUCAUAUGGUCUCAAAAGACCUCAAAGUGAGCCAGUCAUGUACGGUGACGAGAAGAAAUCAGUGUCAAAUACUCAUGUAUUUGCUGAAUAUCGAGCAACUCCAUACUCUUACUCUACCUCGAAUGUUUACCAAACCGUGCCACCGGCGAAUCCCAUUGCUGCUUCUUCACCCGCGAGUUACGCCUAUUCUAUGGCAACAAUGGCGAUUCCUCCAUCUGAGCAACCGUACUUCCAACAGAACUGUGGUUAUGGCGGUCAAGAGGGACUGUAUGUUAAUCCGGUGACCUAUGGUGACAAUCUAAGCCGUCAACAGAAGUGCCAAAGAACCAGACGUUUGCCUGCACGGUAUCGAGAUGACCGUUAUGUGUGCACGCUUGGUGAUGGAGGACGCAGCAACGAGGUGACUAGUCAAAGUGGUCUAUCCUCCGGUCAGUACAAUCUUUCUGGAACUCGCUGGAAUGCGGUGUUCUCGUCUCUCCAGCCGCUGAUCUCAUCUCUGCCUAGAAGUGCACAGUAUUGCGGUGAUUGUGGUCAUGUUUACUCUCCGCUUGAGAUGGCUCGACGUCAUGUUCUAUCGCACAUUCGACUCGUACGCUUUGUGUGCAAACUAUGCGGUGCUGGUGGAUUCUUCGCAACUGAUCUUCAAGCGCAUUUGAUGAAGGGUCAUUGUGCGUAUUUCCAACGAACGGAGGCCGGUCUGCCUCCUAGAAAUGCUGCGCAGGCCGAAUCAUUGUGUGAAUACGCGAAUGCUGACAAUCCUGGGGAGGUUGUGCUGUUAGAGGGAGAAUCGCGAAUGGUGUCGUCUGCAAACACAUUUGCACACAAGCCUGAUGAGGAGAUUGAACGAAGGAUCCUUGCUCGUUGUGUUUGAAUUGUUUUAACGGUAUCUUCUUAUUUGUUCUUGUACACAGUAUGCCAAGCUCAAAUUUUUAACCUCUGUUGUCGCUAGCUAAUCUCAGCACUUAUCUCUAUCGACCUGAGAAGUUUGAAGUGAUUAAUCUUUUCUAAUUGUAUAGUAACCUCUUUUUCAUUUCAUCAUAUUAUAUGCAUGUUAGGCCUGAGAUUUUGUUUUGUAUGAUAAUCAGAUGAAAUUUAUGAAGCUGUAUGAACUUUGUAACAGUC